ACUACUACUCCCAGCGGGUAGUGCGUCGCACCCAGCCGCGCUGGCCUCUAGAGCCCGGCGCUGUGGCCCGCGGGGCGCUGGAGUCUUAGCAACACGCGCACGUGAAGGAGCGGAAGGUGAGAAAGGGUCGGCAAACGCAUGCUCCUACGAAACCGGUUUGCUGGUACUUGCAGAGUGUUACUUUCCUGUGGCCUUGUAAAUGAUUGAAUGAUGAUGGAAAUGGAUCCAAAAUAAUAACUGACUUCUCUACCGAAGCAGCAGAUUUCUUCAUAUCACCUUCCAGUAGUUGAAUUUCAGUCUUCAAAAAGAGGCAAAACAAGUGAAAUAGAGGAAACGGAAAAGAAGACAACUUUGGAACUGUCUUUCUCCUUGACUACUCCUUAACCCCCCUGUAUUUCUCCUUAUUUUAAUUUUGCUGUGAAUUUAUAAAUAGCGAAGACCAAAGAAAUAGAAGAUACAUUUGGGAGCUUUAUACCAAGACAUUUGCCUUGAAAGCUGCUAUUCUUUGGAGGGGAAAGUAUAUCAAGUUCCUGUCUGAUUUUUGUUUUGUUUUGUUUUGUUAAACAAGAUUUCUUAUAUCCUUAGAUUCUGAAGGAUAAAACAAAUAUAAAUACAUAUCUGCACAUCAUUUUUAGCAGCUGUGUAAGAAUAAUGAGAAUUGGAAAUUAAAGGCUUUGUCAUGUGGAUGUUUUGCCACUGGAGUUGAGUGCUCAGAAGAUCUUUUAUAGAUAGCUCUUUAAUAUAUUUUUGAUCCGUCACUUAGAUGACAUUCUUUGCCCAUGUGAAUCCACCUGUCUUUUUAUUUAUGACCUUAUGAACAGUGUUUGUACUCACUCUGCAGAUGUCCAUGUAUUAUCUAUUUAAGCAACAUCAUAGUGCCAUCACUCAAGGAAGUUGAAUGAGGUGAACAUAGAUAUAGGUCUUUUCCCCUUCCCCCCCUUUUUUUAAAUGUAACAAAUACUUUUUAUCUUCCCCUUCCCCCUUCCCCUUCCCCUUCCCCCUUGUGGAAACGUGUCAGGAACUAGGUAGUUUAAGAUGAGCAAUUGAGGGGACUGAGAAAGUGAUCCACACAGAGCCUGGCUUCUUUGUGCUUCAUCAUAAGGUGUGCUGCUGGCCAGCCUUAUUAAGCACCCUUCUAACAAAAGAACCUCGUGGGAAAUCCAGCUGGCAGACUCAAGGAGUUCAGGAAACAGGACCACAGAGGUUACACUCUGGGUUCCUGGCCAUGAGGUUGGAUGCCUCACCUUGCUGAAAAGAGACACUGGACCUAAAUGGCGCAGCAUGACUUUGUUCCUGCUUGGCUAAAUUUCUCAACACCACAGGCAGUUAAGUCACCUACAGCCACCUUUGAAAAACAGGGAGAGCACCUAUCCCGAGGAGAUGGUAGAUUUGGAGUAAGCCGUCGUCGACAUAAUUCCUCUGAUGGCUUUUUUAAUAAUGGACCUCUACGAACUACAGGAGAUUCCUGGAACCAGCCCUCCCUGUUUCGCCAUGAUUCUGUGGACUCUGGGGUAUCUAAGGGAGCCUAUACUGGAAUCACAGGGAGCCUCUCUGGUUGGCAUGGCUCUUCCCGAGGCCAUGAUGGCAUGAGCCAGCGUAGUGGGGGUGGCACAGGGAACCAUCGCCACUGGAAUGGCAGCUUUCACUCCCGGAAAGGCUGUGCCUUUCAGGAAAAGCCACCUACAGAGAUUAGGGAAGAAAAGAAAGAGGACAAGGUGGAAAAGUUGCAGUUUGAAGAGGAAGACUUUCCCUCUUUGAAUCCAGAAGCUGGCAGACAGACUCAGCCAUACAGACCUAUUGGGACCCCUUCUGGAGUGUGGGAAAACCCACCUGGUGCCAAGCAAACCUCCAAAAUGCUAGUCAUCAAAAAAGUUUCCAAAGAAGAUCCUGCUGCUGCUUUCUCUGCUGCAUUCACCUCACCCGGAUCUCACCAUGCAAAUGGGAACAAAUUGUCAAACAUUGUUCCAAGCGUCUAUAAGAACCUGGUUCCUAAGCCUGCACCACCUCCUUCCAAGCCCAGUGCAUGGAAAGCUAACAGAAUGGAGCACAAAUCGGGAUCCCUUUCCUCUAGCCGGGAGUCUGCUUUUACCAGUCCAAUUUCUGUUACCAAACCAGUAGUACUGGCUGGGAGCGCAAUUUUAAGCUCUCCCAAAGAGAGUCCCUCCAGCACCACUCCUCCAAUUGAGAUCAGCUCGUCUCGUCUGACCAAGUUGACCCGCCGAACUACCGACAGGAAAAGCGAGUUCCUAAAGACUCUGAAGGAUGACCGGAAUGGAGACUUCUCAGAGAACAGAGACUGUGACAAGCUGGAGGAUUUGGAGGAAAACAGCACACCUGAACCAAAGGAAAAUGGAGAAGAAGGCUGUCAUCAGAAUGGUCUUCCUCUCCCUGUAGAGGAGGAAGGGGAGGUCCUCUCACAGUCUCUUGAAGCAGAGCAUAGGUUAUUGAAAGCAAUGGGAUGGCAGGAGUAUCCUGAAAAUGACGAGAAUUGCCUUCCCCUCACAGAGGAUGAGCUCAAAGAGUUCCACAUGAAAACAGAGCAGCUGAGAAGAAAUGGCUUUGGGAAGAAUGGCUUCUUGCAGAGCCGCAGUUCCAGCCUGUUCUCCCCUUGGAGAAGCACUUGUAAAGCAGAGUUUGAGGACUCAGACACGGAAACCAGUAGCAGUGAAACAUCAGAUGACGAUGCCUGGAAGUAGGCAUAUAAAUGUUCACAGUUAAAUCUGACCCAUGAACUCAGCUCGUGUGCUUACGGAAUAUACAAAAGAAAUUUUCUUUUCCUUUUCUUAUGUUGUUGAAUAUUUCAUGCACAAGGGAAAUAAUCAUAUCCCAAAGAGAGAGAGAUUGACUUGUUUAGCUUUUGUUGAUGUUCUUCCUGUUAUCUGCUUAAUAGAGAGAUUUGUAUGGUGGGAAAGAUUUUUAAAAUACACACACACAGUAUAUAUGGGGCGAUGCACAAGUGGGAGCUGGCGGUGCAGAGAGGAAGAGACACUGGUCUGCAACAAUAGCUUCCACCAGCCCUUGGGGCACUCACCCCUGUGCUCAAGCAAUCAUUGUCAAUGACAAAGUGACUAUUGAAGUUAUAAUUGUAUUAAAUUAAUGCUAGUAAUUUGGAUAUUUUAUUUUAUUUUUGGCUGCUCGGGUAACAUUAGCCCUUAACUAAGCAUAUGUGGGUUUCUUUUUUUUUUGUUUCUUUUUUUUUUUUCUUUUUUUUUUUUCUGAUUUUCCUUUUUUUGGGUACAGCUGUAAAAUAUUUGGAUAUAGGAAAUGUGUUAUUCCUGCAGCCUUGAUAUUCAGGGUGGAUUGUAAAAUAUAAAUUUUUGUGAGAUUUCGAAGAUUAAGAUUAUUUUGAUAACAUUAUUUACAGAUUUAAAAGAUGUGGUUAUCACAAGUCUUGAGGGGGAAACUACUGCAUAAAAUAACUAACUUGGAAUAAAUAUUUUGCAUCAGUUUGGAUUGUCUUGUGUAAGAAGUCUAUUUUCUUUAAAAUUAGAUGAGUGGUUUCUUUUUUAGGGGAAAAGCAUCUGGCAGUCUGAGUAACAUCUGAAUCAUAC